AUACGUGCCUCAUUUCUAACGAAUUUUGAUGAUAGGAACACGGUGCACCACACGGUGGCGAGUUUUAUCAUCUGCCUUAUACAUAUUGCCAGACGACUCCAUUGCAGCUGUAUUUUACCGCGAAACAAGGUAGAGCAGAGGCAUGAAUGCAUGCGACUUGUAUUUGGAGGGGGUAAUGAAAUAAUAACUUAUCGUUUCAGUAGAAGCACGUUUCGUUUCUCGUCUUUACUUCUUCGUGUUUCAAUGUUGUUAACGUGAUCGCGUACUUUAUUUUGUUACUUUAUCGGUGGAAAUUGUUUAAUUUUUUUGCGUUUUUCUCAUUUUCCGCGCCUAAAUUUUUAUCAACUUUGAUGUGUAAAAAAAAUUCACUUAUUAGUGUUGUUACAGUGUUAGUUAUAUUUUUCAAUGUCCGUAGUGUACACAAUGGAAACGAUUAUUUUACCUCGUGGUUUACUAAUGGUACAUUCCGGUUCAUUAACUUUUCAAAAAACCAAUAACAUGCCCCACACUGGAAAUUAUUUUAUGGAAUUCAUGUUACUUUUAAUAGUUUUGUUAUCUGGUGUUUUGAUUUAUAUAUCUGUGAAUUUUCGCAGGAAUCUGAAACCUCAGAAUAAGCCGGCUAAAAUAAAAAAAUUUACCGAGUUCCAGAAUAAUGCAAAAGUCAAAAAAGAAAUUGCGCCUGCGAAUGUCAAACCGAUAGCCAAGGUUAAGAAUACAGCUAAUACGACGAAAAAUAACGCUGAUAAAUCGCCGAUCAGGACGACGAAUAAGAAACGUUCAUCGGCUACACCAGCUCAAAUUACAACUCCGGCUCCGGCCAAGAAAAAGACGUCUCGAUUAACUUUCCCGCAUCAUCCUUUGCUAAAAAACGUGUGUCAGCGUGAUUCGCCCGAAGACAAUAAAACCGUGUUUGAAGAAAUAAUGCCUGUGAGGAAAGCUGUCGAUGGACGAGGAUCACGUAAAUCACCUCCGGAGUCAGAACCCAAACCGAAAUCUAAGAAGGCUCCGCCACCACCACCAUCAUCGAAAGAAAUCACCAUCGUCGAAUCCGUGAUGCCGAGUAAACCAGUGAAAAAGCGUCAACCCCUGCAUCAGUCAAACAAGAAAAAGGAAAACCCUCGACACCAAGAAAUACCAACUGUAACUCAACAGACGAAACCACUAAGAUUUCUUAUGCCCGAAUACACAAAGCAGGAGAUGGCUUACAUAGAAGUCUUAUCAAAUUAUGUGAUACCCUAUCACAUAUUACCAGACUGCGGUUACCCAUAUGUGGUUGCAGAUGACACCACGUGUGGUGUCUAUCUAUUACAUGGACCACACCAAAAACGAUUGAGAAUGGUGGAAUGUGAAUCAGACCAGUCAGCUUCAUCUUCAUCAUCCGAGGAUAGCUACUCGGAAACGAAUUCUAGUAGUGAUUCCACUGAGAAUCUAUGUAUCGAAGAUAGCUGCGUCAGGUGCUGCAGGUGUAGGUCAAAAUUCGACUUGCACAACAAUAGCUUGUGCAGCUACCAUGUUGGAAAACUUUGCAAGUACUCCGGAUACCAGAGUUAUUCGUGUUGCGGUGCUGAUCGUAAAUCUGCUGGGUGUGUCGAGACCCCUCAACACGUGUGGACUGGGGUAUUACCGGGUGUAAAUGGACCCAUUGACGGAUUUGUGACCACUGAACCAUCUUACGUGUUUAAACACAGAGUGGUGGCGUUGGAUUGUGAGAUGUGUUUCACUACACAGGGACUUGAGCUAACUCGUGUAACUUUGCUGGACCUUCGUGGAUGUGUUGUUUACGAUACAUUGGUUCUACCUGAUAAUCCGAUAGUGGAUUAUAACACCAAGUUUUCGGGAUUAACAGAGGAUAGUUUCAAAAAAGCCAACUCCGUGGCUACGUUGCAGGAAGUGCAGAAAACUAUAUUGGAACUUAUCGACUGCUAUACAAUUAUCAUCGGACAUGGCUUGGAAAACGAUCUAAGGGCGCUGAAGAUUGUACACUAUACUGUUAUAGACACAGCCAUCAUUUUUCGAGAAGUCGAUUACGAAGGCGAAUGGAAACGUCAUUCGUUGCGUAACCUAGUCCGUUGGCAUUUGAAUCGCCGAAUUCAAAACGGUCACGAGGGCCAUAACAGCAUAGAGGAUGCGUCCAGUUGUCUGGACUUAAUGAAUAACCUGAUUUUUAAUCUAUUUUAUUAUAAUAGAAAGUAAAAUUUACACUCUGAUACUCAUUUCAUCAAGGGAUAAAGUUCCUAUUUUUUUAUUUAUUAUUUUUUUUCUCUUUUUUUGUAUUAUUUUUCUCCUGGGUUGCGAUGUUUUUUUUUUACUUUUUUUUUUGACUAGAAUUUGGAUUUCGAGUGUCAGAGUAAAUGGUUUACAGAUUACAUGAGUUUGUCGUCAGUGUAAAAAAAAAAGAUGUGGAGAGUGGACAAAUCAUGUAAUCUGUAGCCAUAAUUCAAAAUUUAUCGGCGUUUGAAUGUCAAUGGUACAGUGUAGGUGGCUUAGUGAAUUACCCCCAAGUCGUCGGAGUUAUACAGAUCUCAUUUUUAAUUUUUAAAAAUUUCAUAUUUUGUAAGUUUCAUUUUUUUUUCCUUUUGUAAGUUGAAGUAAUCUAGGAUGUUACUAUACGUGUAACUGUGUAGCGAAACCAUUUCCUUGUUUUUUUUUCCUGUUUUCCCCAUUCGAUUUUUUUAUUAUCAUGUUGACGAUUUGGUUUCUAGCAUUUACUCUUUGUUCUAUUUACUAGACUGCGACGUGAGUUGGCAGAAUUUGAGUAUACAAGUGUAUUUCACUUUUUAUUUUUGUGAUUUUUCCGUGUAAAAAUCAGUAUAUAGUAAGAGUGUAAAUUUAGUGUCUGAUGAGCUGUGUCGAUAAUACAUACGUGUUGGAAGUUGUAUAUGCAGUAGAGUUGCGUUGCGAGUUAGUUGUGAGCUGUAGGUAAGAUUACUCUGUGUAUUUUCUCGACUGUCUUUUUCGUUUUUUAUGUUCCUAUAAUAUUUUGUAAGCGUGUUCUCGUAGUAUUUAAGUUGUCCCUAUUUCCCCCCUCCCUGCCCCCCUCGAAUGUAUAUAAUUUUUGUUUUUACUUUGUGAUGCAUUUAAAUUCUUUUUUAUCGUAUUUGUACUUUUAGAUGUAAAUAUAUUUGUUUUGAUGUGAUUUGACCUGAAA